UACCCCGGGCGGGCUGCGCGGGCGAUUGCUUGCUGGAUUUGCGGAGCUGUUGCUGCGAGAUUGCCGGAUCGGGAGCUGCGAGCAACGAGAGGCAAAGGCGUUUGGGAGACAAACCGGCUCUCGAUGCAUCAUCCCGUUAGAGAGCCAUGCAAAGGAGACAUCUCCAUGAAAUUCCAGAUUCGGGCAGCAACGUCAACACUAGCUUCACGUGGGCAUGGGAUCCCAGCAAGACAUCGGAGCUGCUCUUGGGCAUGGGAGUGUCUGUCCUUAACGACAAGCUAGCCAAUGAGAAUACCCCCCAGGAGCUGCUGAUGUGUGUGACCCCACCCGCCAAACGACAGAAAGUGAAGGACAAGGAAUUUGUGAUUGCCCGCAGACCAAGGCUACUUCGAGAAGCAGCACCAGGUGUUUCUUGGGAUACGCUGCCUGAUGAACUGUUGCUGGGAAUCUUCUCGUACUUACCCUUAGCCGAUCUGCUAAAAGUUUCCCAGGUUUGCCACAGAUGGCACGGACUUUCAAUGGAUGAAUCACUCUGGAAAUCUCUCGAUCUCGCAGGGAAAAAUUUGCUGCCAGGAGUGAUCGGUCAGUUGCUGCCCUUGGGCAUCACUGCCUUCCGUUGUCCCAGGUCCUGCAUCGGGAAUCCUUUGUUUAAAACAACCAGACUUCUUCAUGUGCAACACAUGGAUCUGUCCAGUUGUACAAUCCAAGUUGGAGACCUCCAGAGCAUUCUUGAUCGGUGUCAGAGCCUACAGAAUCUCAGCUUGGAAGGGCUCAAACUUUCCAGUGACAUAGUUAGAAAAAUAGCACAGAACCCCAGUUUGCUGCGAUUAAACCUCUCUGGAUGUUCUGGAUUCUCUACAGAACGAAGGCCUUCCAUAUUUGAUUGUGUGUGUGUGCUUGAAGAGCUGAAUUUGGCUUGGUGCGACUUUACUGUCGAUCAUGUAAGAACAGCGGUCAGCCAUAUUCCUUCCACUGUCCUACAGCUAAACCUUAGUGGAUACAGACAGAAUUUACUGAUGUCAGAUGUUAAAACAUUACUAGAGAGGUGUCGCAAUCUAGUACAUUUAGAUUUAAGCGAUAGCGUUAUGUUGAAACCUGAAUGCCUUCAGUACUUCUGCCAGCUCACUUACCUAGAGCAUUUGUCUCUUAGUCGAUGCUACCAGAUACCUCCUGCAGCCCUACUUGAACUUGGUGAAAUUGCUACACUCAAAACACUCCAGGUUUUUGGAAUAGUGACUGCCCCUUCUCACCUGCUCCUAAAGGCAACACUUCCUCAUAUAAAGUUCAACUUUUCCCAUUUUACAACUAUUGCAAGGCCCACCACUGGCUAUAAAAAGAACCAAGAAAUGUGGGGAAUCAAGUGCAGACUGAGUUUAAGAAAUCCAGCUGUUUUUUAAUGUAGCACCUAAGGCCUCCAGGAGCCAGCAAACGAUGCGUCAGUUCUUCAAAGCCCCGGACUAUGGAGUUCUUGAAAAGUUGGGUCUGUUUUGCUUUACUUCGUAACUUGUCACGCAGUCCCCAACUACUUUGACUUAAUCCCAUUGAUUUCCAUGCUUUAUGUGCAAGCAAGCUAUUUUCAGUAAUUUAUCAAACCAUUAAUUUCAGAUGUAUUUUUUAUUACAGUUGAAAUCUGUCAGACAUGCUAUGUGUGUAAAAAUACCUGGUAAAAUAAGGCAACAGGCAAACCCUGCCCCUGGAAACUCUUUUUAGAUACUGAUUCUUAUAGUAUAACUUUUUAAAAAAUUAAAGUCUCCAUGUUUUUAUAUAUCAGUUUCAGCUGCCUAGUCAGAUAUUCCUUUUACUCAUUGGACCCAGUACCUGCUCACAGUAUUAUGGUGGUUCUAUAAUAAAUUGUGGAUUCUCACUCUUGCAGCUGAGAAAUGACACUAAUCCUAAAGAAUCCUUUUAAAAGAUUUCUACUGGUAUUGACAGGAGCCAGAGCAUAAC